AUGUCAACGCCUUUUAUUGAAGGCUGGGAACUGGUUCAAACUCUUGGAGAAGGUGCUUAUGGAGAGGUGAAGCUUGCUGUUAAUGUGGACACACAGGAAGAGGUUGCUGUGAAGUUUAUCAGUUUGGACAAAGAGGCUUCUGUCAGGGAGGAUGUCCGUAAAGAAAUUGCUAUCCACAAGAUGUUGAAACAUUCCAAUGUAAUUCGAUUUUAUGGCAGCCGUACGGUUGGAAAUGUACAGUACAUCUUCCUGGAGUAUGCUUGUGGAGGGGAACUGUUUGACCGUAUAGAACCUGAUGUGGGAAUGUCGUCAGCCUCUGCACAGUUCUACUUCCGUCAGCUAAUUGAUGGUGUAGUAAGUUCUUUUGUUCUUUACUUUUUCCUCUCCUUCCUUCUAUCUUUCUCAGCUCUCUCUUUCUUCCCCCCUCUCUUUUUGCUCUCUCUUUCUUCCCCCUCUUUUGCUCUCUUUCUUCCCCCCUUUUUUUGCUCUCUUCUUCCCCCCUCUUUUGCUCUCUUUCUUCCCCCUCUCUUUUUUGCUCUCUUUCUUCCCCUCUUUUUUGCUCUCUCUUUCUUCCCCCUUUUGCUCUCUCUUUCCUUCCCCCUCUCUUUUUGCUCUCCUUUCUUCCCCUCUUUUUGUCUCUUUCUUUUCCCCCCUCUCUUUUUGCUCCUCUCUUUCCCCCCUUUUGCUCUCUCUUUUUUCCCCUCUCUCUUUCUUUCCCCCCCUCUCUUUUGCUCUCUCUUUCUUUCCCCCCUCUUUUUGCUCUCUUUCUUUCCCCUUUUUUGCUCUCUUCCCCCUCUCUUUUGCUCUCUUUCUUCCCCCUCUCUUUUUACUCUUUCUUCCCCUCUCUUUUUCUUUCUUCCCCCCCUCUUUUCUUCUUUCCCCCCUCUUUUUGUCUCUUUCUUCCCCCCUCUUUUUGCUCUCUUUCUUCCCCUCUCUCUUUUGCUCUCUUCCCCCUUUUUGCUCUCUUUUCUCUCUUUUGCUCUCUCUUUCUUCCCCCUCUCUUUUUGCGCUCUCUUUCUCCCCCCUCUUUUUGCGCUCUCUUUCUUCUCCCUCCUAUUUUUUUCUGCGCACUCUCUCUCUCAUUUCUCCUGGAUUAUGGCCCCAUCACAUUAA